AGCCUGGGGUUCUGCUGGCAUGGCGGCAUCGAAGGUGAAGCAGGACAUGCCCCCGCCAGGGGGCUACGGCCCUAUUGACUACAAGCGAAACCUACCGCGCCGCGGACUGUCGGGCUACAGCAUGUUUGCCGUGGGUAUUGGGACUUUACUCAUUGGGUACUGGAGCAUGAUGAAAUGGAAUCGCGAGCGCAGGCGCCUGCAGAUUGAGGACCUGGAAGCCCGGAUUGCACUGAUGCCUCUGUUUCAGGCAGAAAGGGAUCGCAGGAUCUUGCAGAUGCUUCGGGAGAACCUGGAGGAGGAAGCCAUCAUCAUGAAAGAUGUGCCUGACUGGAAGGUGGGUGAAUCUGUGUUCCACACACAGCGCUGGGUGAGCCCCACAAUAGGCGAGCUGUAUGGACUGCGCACCACGGAGGAACUACUCAACGCCAACUACGGAUUCAUGUUAUACACGUAGCUGGACAAUCUCCCCUCUCCGCCAGGAAAAAAAUAAACGCUCUGGAGGCCUGCC